UGUCGCAUUCAACGCGUUGUUGAACAGUUUCACAAUGACACUGUGGGCUUGGAAAUACAGUGGAAGGAACACAAACGAGAUCGUAUGAUGCCGCAACCAAGUGCACUACGUCCAUCGAGUGUUAGAAAUUUCGCAGUGAUUCCAAUGAAUUCAUUCAAACUGAAACACAUACCGAUCAAGACGAAAUUGUUGUUAGCUCUCACCAACAAAUCGAUAAAUCCAGACAGUGAGGAGAAAUGCGCACCGUGAUGAAAAUUGGGCACAUUAUUUCGAUAUGGUGAGAGCCAAGCUUAAAUUCCGCUAACAAAUUAUGAUAGAUAGUAUGUCCGCAUCGGUUCUGUUCAACAAGCCAAAACAAGAGCAAACGGAACUCUCACCCGAAGAUAUUCUUGCAAUGUAUCGGGAUUUUUUCUACGAAGUUGGAGUGGACCCUGGUCUGAAAACUCGCAAUGCGUCCGUGAGACGAACAAUCGACACAGAAGAAGAGAAAAACAUCAAAAUCAGCAGCAAACGCUAUCACUGGGUAGCAAAACAGCCGAUUCGGAAUCGCAUAGGAAAACAUCUGACAGCAGAUUCUACGAAGAUUGAGCAAGACGAUUUGAAAGCACAAGUGAUGCCUUCGCCACGAGGUUCGCAGUACAUGUCGUACAUUCGUCAUCGCUUGAGAAUGCUACUAAGAGGUAUGGCUGCGUAUGCCACUCGCCAAUAUGCUCGGCUUCGCUUGGCCAAAUACAUUCAAUCAACUCGAAGCUAACGAUAACAUAGUCAUUCGAUUGACGAAUGGUAAGCUAACCAUUUUCUUCAUGAGCGCCAUAAAGAUUUCACCAGAUUUGCCAUUUCGCAUAAAGAAUCAUUUUCGCUGUCCGGGAACUCGCAGAUUGGUGGAGUCUGAAGUCUAUUCGCAAACAACAGAAUUGUGUCAUUCGAUUCGUAGCGGAGCCAUACACAUCGCAAACAUGUACAAGAUGCUUGCAGCGAUUUCCACGAAACACACGAAGUCAUCGAUUCAAGGUGUGCCACAAUUGUGAACCGAAGCCAGAAGUUGGAUUGCCAGACAUUAUUGUGACACAAUUGAGCCGGCGACAAUUGAAAUCGGAACGUGAGAAAUUGCGACCAAAACCUUAAGUAAAGUGGUUGGAAAUGCAGCAGAAAAUCCAAAUCAACAAUUGAACAAUCGGUUGGUGUCUCAGGUUAAAGUAUACCGUAAAAACUGGCGAUCAAUCAUUGAAUCAAACGUUGAAACGGAGAAUGCUGCUGAAGCCGCAUACGUCGAAGAUCUAACGCAUCUUACUUUCGAAGAGGCGGAGGCCUAUUUACAGCAAAGCAACGAAUCAAAUCAGUGUCCAACAGGACUGAAAACAGUUUGGCAUCGUGAUACAGUGGCUGCAAAAUUCAUCUUAUACAAAGAUAAUAUUUUGAUCGGCAUGCAAAAAUGGAACAGAAAAAGUUGUUAUUAUACAUUGUUGUUCGUGAUUUCAGGCUGUUCAAUUUUGAGCUGUUCAAUGGAUACACUCCCGAUAUAUUCGUACUGGAUCGUGGGCUCUAAAUAUACUUCGACGGGUUCAAUACAUACGUGGUUGAGACGCAGUAAAACGUAGCAGCAUUUUAGUUUUAGAUUUGAUUUUUCGAUUUUAAUAAUAAUUCAUAAUAAUUCA